AUGAGCGAUGUUCCUUUCCCCCCAUCCGGUGGAGCUCGAGCUCCAACCUCAUACCCCAGCAUCUCCUCCAUCCCACGACGCUCUUCCUACGCUUCUGUAGUUUCCGGCAACGCACUUACGCCCUCGUCCUCCAACCUCGCCUCCGAUUCCCUUCCCUUCUCAACCUUCGACCGAGUCCACCGGGCUCCGUUCGGCGUGGAUGCCGACAUGCAAAUGAACUCCGCCUGGAGACCCGAAUCUCUACCACCCCAUUCCCGCAAGUAUGCCGGGCUCCUCCAGUCCGAUGUCUCACACCCAGGACUCCUCGACCCUCCAUUUCUGUCCCCAUCCUACCUCCGCAACUCCCGCUACCUGAGUCGACUCGAGACCGCCCAUCGGGCCAAACUCACCAGAGAGUCGAACCCACCCCUCUCCGCUUCGCCCAGCAAUGCCCACCUUCCUCGCAUCGCUCCGUCGCACCGCGGCAUGACUUAUGACAUUAUUGAGAAGGAACUCCCGGCCACGGAUGUACUUUCCCCGCUACCCAGUCAGUGGAGUUCCGCGGACAAGUUCACCGGUCUGGAAUUGAGUAACGAUUCGCUCGACGUUCGGUACACCGGCCCUGUCCACAAGCAUGACCAUGAAGCUGCGGCCUUGCGCGCGGAUCAUCCUAUGCCGCCGCAGUGUGGGAUCUAUUACUUUGAAGUCAAAAUUGAAUCCAAGCCCAAAGAGGGUAUGAUUGGUAUUGGAUUCUCCAGUACCAAAGCCUCGGUCGAAAGACUUCCCGGCUGGGAGCAGGAAUCCUGGGCGUAUCACGGCGAUGACGGAAAGUCGUUUUUUGGCGAGAGUCAAGGCCAGGGUCGGGCAUACGGACCGACCUUCACAGUCGGCGACACUGUGGGAUGUGGGGUCAACUUCUCAACUGGGUCGGCUUUCUUCACUAAGAAUGGCAUCUUCUUGGGUAUGUCUCGUGCGCUUGAAAAUGGAUCGCAACUAACGAGAACAGGCAAUGCCUUCCACGAGCUGCGCAAUGUGAAACUGUAUCCGUCUGUGGGGAUGAAGAAACUGCCACCAGUUCAUCUCAAAGCGAACUUUGGACAAAAGCCUUUUAUUUUUGACAUCGACAGCAUGGUCAGGCAAGAGAGAUCAGCCAUCCAGUCUGAGAUCAACGCCACUCCAACAACAAAUCUGCAACCGCCAUUGGACGAGUCGGCACUUCUGCAAGAGCUAGUUGCACAGUUCCUUGCCCACGACGGCUACGUAGAGACAGCUCGUGCCUUCGCCGAAGAAGUUGCGUCAGAAACCUUGGCCUUGCAGAAUGGCCGCAACGAGCCAUUAAAGAAAUAUGAAGUAGAAGAAGACCUCGAAGCUAUCAACAGGAACAGUAAGCGUCCCAUCUCCAAUGGUUUCAAUGUCUCUAACAGCCCAGAAAUCCGCUCCGCAAUCCUGGACGGGGACAUCGACAAAGCCCUCAAACACACGAAGGCAUACUACGGAAACGUGCUAGAAGAAAAUCCCCAAAUUCAUUUCAAGCUGCGUUGUCGGAAGUUCCUCGAAAUGAUGCGUCAUUCCAACGAAAUCAGUACACACACUCCAUCCGCCCGUUCUCACGAACAUGCCGUCUUCGACCACGAAAUGGAACUUGAUAACGAAACCGACGGCUCUUUCAAUCAGCUUCUCACGGAGGCUGUCCAGUAUGGACAGCAGCUUCGAGCCGAUUAUCCUAAUGAUGAGAACGGUGGCGAUAAGAAAUUACUCGACGAUAUUUUCUCCCUUGUUGCGUAUCCUGACCCUAAACGAAGUGUCCAUGGUCAUUAUCUCGAAACGAAGGGACGUGCUGCCGUUGCCGAAGAGUUGAACUCGGCAAUCUUGGUGUCUUUGGGCAAAUCAUCCGCUGCCGCGUUGGAGAGGCUAUACCAACAAACAGAAGUGUUGGUUAAUGAGAUCAGUGAAGACGGCGGCGCUGGGGCGUUCAUUAAUGUCAGAAAUGACGUUCUGCUUUGA